UGGGUGGGUGGGUUUGGUUUUGGAGUAAUUAGUAGGUGGGUGGGUUUGGGUUUAAACCGAUUAGUAGGUGGUAGGUUUGGUUUUGGAGUGAUUAGUAGGUGGUGGGUUUGGUUUUGGAGCGAUUAG